UGCUGUUUGGAGGUUCUGGUUGACUCUUGACAUCUUCACAUGUUAUGGAGGGUUUUACAAACAGGAAGAUGGGAUCACAAACAAAGAGACGUCCUGAUCUGUUGGGGCCACGCUGGAUCCUGUCCUCCAUCCUGAUGGCUGCAGCUCUGUUCCUCCCCUCUCUGAGUCUGGACAGCCUGCUGUGUAACUUCUGUCCUCUGCAGCACAAAGGCACGUCCUGCCCUGAUAUCAGCAGCCAGUGUCUGCCUGACCAGCGCUGCUCCAGCUCCAGAGGACACUUCGGCUCCCUCCACGUCCUCUCUGCUCAGGGCUGCGUGGACGCUGAACUCUGUGGCUCCCAUGAGAAGGCCUCUUUUCGAGGGGUCAAGUACAACGUCAGCCACACCUGCUGCUGCAGAGACAAAUGUAACGGCCAUCCACACUCUAACACCAACCUGAAGAAGCUAUUGGGGAUGCUAGCCGACAAACUACAUUACCCUAACAUCACUGUUCUUAGAGAGGAGCGUUGGGAUUCAUGUGUAAAUUACACAUCUUCAAAUACGUUACUUACCAAUGCAUUAUAGAAGUGUUUGUAUAAGGCUGGGGAGAGGCCUGUUAGCCAUAGGCACUUACCUGAGCCUUCAAAUAGACAUUAGCAUUUCAACAGAUGUUUGUGAUUAUCAGUAUUUUAGCUAAAUUACUGUUAAAAUGCUUCAUUGUCAGUGUUUCAUGUACAUUUUUGCUCCAGAGAGAAAAGGGUGGACAGCUAUCCUCCUGGUAUUUUAUAAACACUAUUGAUGUGGAAACUUAUGAGUUCAGCAAAAUAAAAGCACCUUGAUUAAACUUC